AUUGCCUGGGUCUGACUGCGCUCACUGACUCUUCCCAAACGAAUCUAUCUUUCUACUUUUGCUUUCGUUCAACCACUUCCAAGAAAUCAGCUGGACGCGCUGAAGGAGGUUUUUUUUCUUCUCUUUUAGGCAGUGAAAACCUAUUCGCCUCAGUAUAUUUCAACGCCCUCAGGUGUCAUUACGCACCAUUCCACCGCACACGGCGACAGAAGCGCAGCAAGAGACAGUCGCUCAAACACAAAAAGAAGAUAAGAAGCACAACAUGGGUAAAAUUUACUAAGUGACGGUUGAUGGCGUACGAGGGAGGAAGAUGGUCGUUGACCUGUGCAACACAGAGGAGCAGAUGCAGAAAAUGACGGUCCUGCAGCUGAAAGAGAAGAUUGCGCAGAGACUUCCUCCGUCAGCAGGAGAGGAGCAGCUGCGGAUGCUCUUUGCAGACUCGUACCUGGAGGAUGACGACAGUUUCCUAUCCUCUUAUGGGAUCCAGCACCAGUCCAUUAUCCAUGUGGUGUUGAAGGUUCCUGGAGGACUGACUGCCUGACCUACAACCAACACCAUCACCGUUGCCUCCUCUACUUUACAAAUGUUUAACCUUAAUGGGAUGUUUUAUGCUGGCAUUCUAAUGUGACUUUUUCCUUUUUUUCCCAUGUUGCCUUUAAAUAUGUUAAAAAAUCCAACUGUUGUUGACACAUUAAAAUAAUGUUCUCUCUAAUGUCUCAUGUUUAAGUUCCUUGUGUCUCCUGACAAAGGCACGUUAAUCAGAGUGUCAUAUACAGUCAAAAAGCUUCUUUCAUUCAAAUAAUCGAUGUAUAUUAAAGAGAACCAGGGCUGUUGCAAUAAAGAUAUAAAUAUUUUUCUUUAUUCUUUUAAAAACAAGCAUUGGAAACAAAAUGCAUGUAGAAUAAUCUGUGACAAAUAAAUAUUUGCAUUAUCACAGGCAAAUAAACAUGACAUCAAGACA